AUGAAAAAUAUUAAAAAAGCAGUCUAUAGACGAAACUUAGAACAAGUUAAAGCUCUUUUGUGUGCAGGCGCCAAUGCUAACAUUAAAGUAGGACGAAGGGGUUCAUUUGGUACAGAUAGAUUGCUGCAUGAUACUGAUAGUGUAGAAAUCGCUAAAGAACUUUUGCGAGGUGGUGCGAACGUAAAUGGAAGAAACUCUUUUAAUCAAACUCCACUACAUGCUGCUAUAUAUCGGAAGAAGAUAUUAGAAUUAGUUAGAGAACUUCUGAAACAUGGCGCUUAUGUUAAUGCAAUAGACCCUGUGAAUAAUACAGCACUGAAAAUUGCUGUACUGGAUAAUCCUAAAAAUCUGGGAGUAGUAAAAGAACUAUUAAAAUAUGGAGCUGAUAUUAACAUAGGAAAUCGGAUGUUAUGUGGUGAAAUUUAUAACACAUCUUUAGAUAACGCUGUAGAAGAUCUAGAAUGCGCUAAAUUGUUGAUUAAAUUUACUUUAGUAAGGAACUUCAACAACGAUUACAGAAAAAUUAUUGACUUAUCUCCUUAUAAACGAUGCAGUAAUUACAGGAAAUUAUCAAGUUAUCUAGAUGCCUGUGUUCGUGAAAUUCUUCAAAUGAAAACAGAUAAAAUAAAAGAUGGCCUUCCACUAUAUAAUAUUGUUACAAAUAACUUCAACAUACAUGUACUAUUCAAUAAUCAAUUAGCUGCAAAGCUAUCAAAAAUUGAUUAUUCCAUAAGCUAUCCUAUAUAUCAUGAUAUCAUAUCAGAACAAGUAAAAGCUCUUUUAGAAAGAACCGAUUUAUUAAAAAAGUUAAGUGAAAUACAAUUUUAUACUAAAUUAGAUGUGGCAGAUCAAGAUGCAAAAGAAAAGAAAAUUAUUCUGGACUAUGAUUCUACAUAUAAUAUAGCUGAAUAUCUAUCUAAUGAUAACUUGUUAAACUUUAUAGCAGCCUUUGAUGAUUCCAAUAAGCGUACUUUAGAAGUAGAACCGAAUACAAGACUUUAUGAAACUUCUAUAAGUGAUGAUACCAAACGUGCAAGAUUAGAAUAA